AUGGACUUUCUCUAUUCACAGAACGGUGAGCCGGUGGCACAUACCUCGUCGGACGCUCAUUCGUACCCAAAUGGCACGCUGUUCAUUCGUCACUUUUCCACACUUCACAAUGGAGUCUAUGAGUGCGUUGUCUGGAACUUUGCUGCUCGAACAUCAAGCCGUAUUGUGCUUGAGUCGAAACAAGUAGAAAAUCGUAGUGGCUUGUUGGAGAGCAGCACACUGGGCACAAGAUGUUCACUGUUGUUCAGGAGUAGUAUAUUAUGGUUCUUAUUCGGAUGCCUGAUGUCGAGUUCGUCCGUGCUAAUCUACUUACUUUGUGUCCUAGUGCUUAUGCGACCUACUCCCCGAUCCACGAUAGUUCCAUCGAUGUGGGCUCGAUCCAAUCCGCUACUGGGACCGGGCUUCCGAAAGCCCAUAGUCCCGGUACCGGAUUUCAUCACUGGAGCACCGGCUAGUGAUCACUCUGGUCUAGUACGAAAUUAUGAAGAUGUUUGA